AGUUACUACGCUUUAUUUUUUUUUCCGGUCUGUGUUGCACACAAAAAGCCACGUUAGUCAAAUUCGGUCAUUCGUACGACUGAAAAAUUACGUAACGUAAUUCACUUUUUUUUAAUAAAUACCCUGAGAAUUCGUCGGAAUCAAAAAAUCUAAUGAGUAAUGAUAAAUGCAAGAGUCUAUCAGUCACGAUGUAUCCAGAAAAGUAUAUAAAGUAUAUAUAUACCUUAGACUUCUCUCAAACUUUCUCAAAUUUUUCUAAACUACUACUCGCUUUUAACAGGAACAAAAUGGUAUUUUCACUCAAUUGUUUGAUUCUAGGACAAACUUCCAAUAAAUGUUUCACUGAAGAUAUAGGCCAAACAUAUUGCGUUGAUAGUAAAGUUGAAGUCGAGUUUUCCAAUUUUAAAGUUUUACACUUCAAAGAGAAGCUCUUUCGUGAGCAGAUCAUAAAAGAUGUAAUUCAAGAUAAAAAUAAAAUGGACCUUUGGAAAGUUAACAGUCAGAAGGUUGAUGAAGAAGAAAACAACCUUCAAAAAUUUACUGAAAGUGACAUCAAAGAUAAACUCGGAGGCGAAGAGAUGAACCCUCGAUACCUGUUUAGUAAAUAUUUUAAAGUUGAUCAAAUGGAUAUUUUAGGCAUUCAUAUUUUCGUAGUUCCCACUUCCACUGGUAAGUGUCUCCCAAUUUUUUACCUCUCGAACAAGGAAAUUGCAGUAACAAAAUAUCGAUUUGACUGAUGUCAUUAUUUUUUUGUCUACACGCACCACAUUUGUGAUUUCUUUCCUGUUACUUUAUAAUCGGCACAAGAAACUGUGAAAAAGUAACACGCGAAGUUGUUGUUUUCAUUAAAGCAGAAUAUUCCUGUGUGAUCAGAUUUUUAAUUGACUUUUAAACACUAGUCAAGGAUGCCAUUGAUAUUGCUUUAAAGUAGGUUAAGGAGGAAACUGGUACCGAUAGACCUAACGAUGAAAUGCCUUUUAUGGAUCGUGACACUAAUCAAGCAAUUACAAAGAUUAUAAGAAAUAUUGAGAACCGUCUUAAAGGUUCUAAAGCCAAAACAGAUUUUGACAUGUUAUUCAGUGGUGGAGCUCCUGGAAUAGGUAUGUUCUUAAUAUAAUGUUCAAGCUGAUUCUACAUGUAGUUGUU